UUUUGGUUUUUUUCUCAUUAAAAUUUGUUUUUUCUUUUUUUGUUUUUGUCACCUCUUCUUUCCUUCUUCCUUCUCUCUCUCUCUUUCAUUUUUUGGCCUUCAAAGCUCCCAUUUUUGCAUUUCUGUUUCCUUGAUUAACCCCUCUAUCUUCAUUCCUCUUAAAGUUUGAUUCUUUGUGGAGAUUUUUCUUCUGAUUCUUUGCUUUAUAGCAAUUUCUGAUUAGUUUUGAGAGUAUUUUUGCAAUCCCUCCCCUUUAUUUUUCUCUUUUCUAAGCUCAGAGAUUGUUGUAAAGUUUCGUUCUUUCUGGGUUUUGUCACCUUGAUUUUUUUCAACCCUGAAAUUCUGCAAGGUGCUUGAAGUUGGUAUUUUCAUUGGCUUCAACCAGAAAGACAAUCAUUACUAUGGUUUUGAAGGUUUCUCUCAUUUUGGUUCUCCUUGUAUUACAUUCCUGCACUGUGGAAGCCAUUUCUGGGAGUAACAAUCACAAUCACAAUAGUCUCAGUAAGAAUGGAUCUUCUCUUGCUGCAAUCAAGUUACCUGAUUAUCCAAGCUUCAAUGUUGUUUCUUCUUCAACGGAUACAGGGUGUAGCUUCUCAAAGUCAGAGAAAUUUGGGCAUUCUGGAGCUACCAUGACAUCAGAUGAAGACACUGAUGGUGAUGAUGGUGAAGAGGGGGAAGCUUUUCUAGCAGCAAAACAGCACAAGCAAUCUUUGAAACUCCAUUUGAAACACCACCCAGUUAGCAAAAAUGCUGAACCUAAAAAAUCUGUGGUUGAUUUUUCACUGAGGGACUUGACAAGAAUUCAGACCCUUCAUAGAAGGGUCAUAGAAAAGAAGAACCAAAACACCAUUUCAAGGCUGCAGAAAGCACAGGAGCAAUCAAAGAAGUCCUAUAAGCCUGUAGUUGCUCCGGCAGCUCCACCGGAAUAUUUUGCCGGUGAUUAUUCAAGUCAGCUUGUGGCAACCUUGGAGUCAGGGGUCAGUCUCGGCUCUGGUGAGUACUUCAUGGAUGUGUUUGUUGGUACACCUCCUAAACAUUUUUCUCUGAUACUUGAUACUGGUAGUGAUCUUAACUGGAUUCAAUGUGUUCCUUGUUAUGCUUGUUUUGAGCAAAAUGGACCAUAUUACGAUCCUAAAGAGUCUAGUUCUUUUAAGAAUAUAAGCUGUCAUGAUCCCCGGUGUCAAUUAGUUUCAUCCCCAGAUCCUCCUCAACCUUGCAAGAGUGAGAAUCAAAGUUGUCCAUACUUCUAUUGGUAUGGUGAUAGUUCCAAUACAACUGGGGAUUUUGCUCUUGAAACUUUCACAGUGAAUCUUACAACACCUACUGGGAAGCCUGAGUUGAAGCUUGUUGAGAAUGUUAUGUUUGGUUGUGGUCAUUGGAAUAGAGGUCUAUUUCAUGGGGCUGCUGGAUUGUUAGGCUUAGGGAGAGGGCCAUUGUCAUUUGCUUCUCAGCUUCAAUCUCUUUAUGGUCAUUCCUUUUCCUAUUGCCUUGUGGAUAGGAAUAGUGAUUCAAGUGUUAGCAGCAAAUUGAUAUUUGGUGAGGACAAGGAGCUUCUCAGCCACCCCAAUUUGAAUUUUACAUCUUUUGUUGGUGGGAAAGAGAACCCUGUUGAUACAUUUUACUAUGUCAAGAUAAAAUCUAUAAUGGUUGGUGGUGAGGUACUAAAGAUACCAGAGGAGACUUGGCAUUUGUCAGAAGAAGGUGCUGGUGGUACAAUCAUUGAUUCUGGUACCACUCUAACUUAUUUUGCUGAACCUGCUUAUGGGAUUAUCAAGGAGGCAUUCAUGAAGAAAAUUAAGGGGUAUCCACUUGUUGAUGGGUUUCCACCUCUAAAGCCAUGUUAUAAUGUGUCUGGAAUUGAAAAAAUGGAGCUUCCUGAAUUUGGGAUCUUGUUUGAAGAUGGUGCUGUGUGGGAUUUCCCUGUAGAGAAUUACUUUAUUCAGAUUGAACCUGAUGAUGUUGUUUGUUUGGCUAUUUUGGGGACUCCUAGGUCUGCACUUUCAAUAAUUGGAAACUAUCAGCAGCAAAAUUUUCACAUCUUGUAUGAUAUGAAGAAAUCCAGACUUGGCUAUGCACCUAUGAAGUGUGCUGAUGUUUAACAUCUUGUUAGGAAUAAAAGGUGUAUAGGAUAAUAGCUAUGAACAUGGCAGUUCUGGGGGUUAUUUUAUUUUUUUAGAUUUUCCCAUAGAAGGAAAGUGACUUAUACAGAAGAAAGAAAAGAAAAUUUAGGUUUUGUUUCUUCAGGUGAUGUAGAACUAGGCAUUACAAACACAAACAUUUCAUUGUUUUGUACACAU